AUGGAAAAUAAAGUGCCUCGAAAUCGUGAAUCAGCGGCUGAAGAGGCAACAUACGACGAGUCAGUAUCAGUAGAAUUUAUUGCUCGACGAGCUACAAUGAUCUUGCUCGAUUGCGAAAAGAAUGAACAAACAAAAGAGUUUGCCGAGUUUCUUCGAAAAAUGUUUGAUUACGUUCAAAGUUACGAUACUCUGGUUACUUGUAUUGAAAAUGUAGAAAAACUACAAUCAGAAUACGUCUUCUUAGUAUUAUCACAUUCAAUCAAUCAACACGAUGCCUCUACAAUCGAGAAUCUACAACAAAUUAAGUUCAUCUAUGCCUUAUCGAUGAACAAUGACGUAAGUUGGAUUACGAACAUUCUUCAAUCUUUUGAUACUCAAGAGGAUUUAGUUUCACAGCUGCACAAGGAUAUAUCUCCCUAUCGACAAGUACCCUUUCCUAUAAACACAUUGAGCGUGACAGAUAAAGAAAAAACUGCAUAUGAACUAGGAAAUGACACACAAAAAUAUAUUUGGUAUUAUUUAUUAAUUGAAAUAUUGAAUCGUAUGCCAGAAAGUGAUAUUAACGAUGCAAAAAGGAAUAUGAUAGCAAUGUGCGAGAAAGAACUCAAGCUAAAUGAAUGUGAAAAAGCUACUUUAAAUGAAUUUAACAAUACCUAUCAUCCGAAAAAAGCUAUUUUUUGGUACAGCAAAGAUUCAUUUAUAUAUCGUAAACUGAAUAAAGCACUUCGUACACAAAACAUUACUCAAAUCUUUAAUUUUCGUUUCAUUAUCGCUGAUAUACGGAAACAAUUAGCUACUCUUCAUAGUGAACAGUGUAGACAUAAUCCUAGAGACCUCAUUACUUAUCGUGGCCAAAUAAUGCAAGAAAAAGACUUUAACAAACUGAAAGAGAAGUGUGGUAAGCGUAUGUCUGUUUAUCAGUUUUUCUCAACCACUAUGGACCGACAGAUGGCUCUAUGCUUUAUGCAGGGGGCUCUGACACGUGAAUACAAUGUUAGAGUUUUGUUUAUAAUCAAGGCGAAUACGCGCAAUGUCUCCUCGCAACCGUUUGCUGAAAUCAGUUCAGUUAGUAUGUAUCCUGGCGAAUACGAAGUCCUGUUUGCGUUGGAUGCCGUUUUUCGAAUUGCGCAUUUGGAAAAGAAAGAUGGAUACUGGCAGAUUCAUUUAAUCUUGGAUGAUAAAAGAGAAGAUGAAGAGGUAGAAAGAAUAUUAGAAGGUUUAAAAAAUCGUCUAGGUGAUGUGAGUUCAUUUUUAACAUUCGGCGAUUUUCUAAUUGAUCUCGGUCAGUAUGAUAAUGCUAGAAAAUAUUGCGAACUGAUGUUAGCAAAACUACCGCCGGGUGACUAUGAGAGAGCUAUGGUGUAUAAUAAUAUUGGGAAAUACUAUUUGAGUAUCGGAGACUAUGAUUCCGCUAGAGAUCGAUUUCAGUUAGCAUUUAAAAUAAAUAGCCUGCAUUUCAAAAAGAGAGAAUCACCAACAACGGUUAGUAGUGAGCUUGCAACAAAAAUUCAGAAAGCACCGGCUCUCACCUGUUUUAAUUUAGGAUGUGUUUAUUUUCGAUUAGGAGACUAUGAUACAGCGUUGCACUAUUUUGUACAGGCCUUAAGUAUAUGGAAGCAUUGUAGUCCUGUUGACGAAGUUGAAUUAGCUAAAACUUAUAGUUAUAUAGCUCUGGCACAAAAGGGUACAGGCAAUAAAGCUGAAGGACUAAAAACUGCUAUGAAAGCAAUAAAAGUUGCGUCAGCUGAGCAUUUAGUGCGGGGAUGGGCACUUUUAAGUCAGGCUGCGUGUUCCCCACUCGCCCAUGCUGAAAAUCUAUAUGUGCACGCUUUGCAAAUAUUCGAACUUUUUCUCCCACCUGAUCAUCCAGAUUUAGUUUUUGCUCACUUACAAAUGAGUAAAUUAUAUCGACAGAAAGAAAAUUUUUCAGAAGCAUUAAGACAUGAUGAACAGGCUCUCAAAAUAUGUAAUAUGCGUCCGGAAAAUGCUAAAAAUCGAGCAGAUUUUAAACUAUGUAAAGAAUAUAUGAGAUUGGAUAAAAAUCCGCCUGUGCGAAAGUAUUCUCUUUAG